CUCGGAACCACCACCAGUCGAUAGCAAAACUGCCCUACACUGCUACUCUACCCUCGCCGACCCUCCCCCCGCCCUCCCGCGCCCGCAAUUCGCCUUUUGAUCCAGUUCGGCAAUUGCCGAAAACGCACUCUUUCGCGCCGCCCCCAGAGUCCAUCCCCCCUCUGCGCGUCGCGAGCGCAGCGAGCGCUUAAGCUCUGGCCUAUCCACACCGAAACACCUCUACUUUGGCUCUCACAGCAAUGCUCUCCCCUCCCCUCCUCUCCCCCUCCCUUCUCCUCCUCCUUCCCCCUCCCGCCCCUCCUGCCCCCGAGGUGCGUGGGGUCCGAGGGGCGGGCGGAGAAGGGGAGGGUCAGCGCGACGCCGUGUAGAGAACGAACACUUACCGCGCUCGCGCGGGGACCUCCCGCGAUUUUUGACGCCCCAAAUCGUCGAAAAUGCGCGGUACACGGACUUGCUGGUCCCGGCCCGGUGAUGAAGGAGGGGAGGGUGCGAGUACGUCCGACUGCCCCGCGCUCGCGCGGGGAGCUCCAGGCGAUUUUGGUGACGGAAACCCCCAAUUCUGCGCUCGUCCAAUGCCGCGGGACACUGGUAAGCUUAUCGACGACGGCGGGAGUGAACAGAAAACUCACGUCGCACUUGCUCGCACGAUCGCGCCCAUCGCCGCUGACCGAGUCGCCCGUGUGCAGAGGACGUCGGUGGCGCUCUUCCUGCCGAUCAGGCUCAUCCGGCUCGUCUCGAAGCGCUCGAUAGCGGGUGGGAUGGGCCUUGCUCGACUCGAAAGUGCGUGCUCGGCGAAUCUGUACGGCUCUGGCUCGUGCCACGCCGGAAUGAUCCCGUCCGCCUCGGCUGCUUUCCUCGGGCUCUCGCGCGCUUCUCUCGGGCUCCGUCGACAAUCGCUGGCGCUCCUCUUGGCCUUGUAUCGCCGUGACCGUCCUGCUCGCAUGGUCUGCUCGCUCCGGCUUCAGGGCAACCCUCGGCUCCUCCUUGCUCGCUCCCGUGCUCUCGAACACGCCCCGCCUCGCUUGCACUGGUGUCGUUGCAUCUCGCCCCUUGUGAAUGAGUUGCUGACCUCCAUCUCAGGUAGCUGGCGUCAGAGCGAGAAUCAGGAAGCGGAGAAAGUCAGAGUGUAGAGGAGAAAGCUUGAGUGUAGACAAAGAAGUGCAGGGAGGUGACGAGACACACGGCAUGUACCGUGAUCGCCGUCGGUGGCGUGUGAUGGGGCGGGACCCUGAUCCUCAACCCAUCAACUCAGCAAGCCUGUGCGCUGACAGUACCUGCCUGUUUGGGCGCUCUCCGCGCUUGGUAGAUUUAUCCAGCAGCGGGCAGAGAAGCUCGAGACUCGAUGCUUUCUUGAGCAUCAUCUCAAUGAAAUGAAUGACUUGAGACUG